GAAUUUGGGUCUAGCGAAGUAAAAGCGCCCUUCCGCCCACGCCGCGAUUACGUCAUAUUUAUCGUAAGCAACCUUGCGAACUGGCGGACGCGGCGAGUAUAAACCAGGCUUGAGGCGGAACAAGCUGACAACGCUUUCUGUCGGGCUGUCAAAACAUUCCAUGUCGUUCCAUGAGUAUUGCCCUCUUACGCAGUACAACUCAAUGAGCUAGGACUGUCACUGUUGUUUCUAAUGUCUGCUGUGGUUCGAGCCCAUGACUCUCAAGCCGUGCCAAUGCCGAGGAAUGGAUACUAGUGUCUCUGGCAACGGUGGAAACAUGGUCGUAAGUGAUGAUGAGCAUUUGGACAGGACCGAUAUCAGUAACGCAGGGAUGGGCGCGCUUCACCAGUGCAAACUCAUCCAGAACCUGAUCGAGAUCUCCAUCUCCAGUCUGAAGGGGCUCCGGACCAAGUGCGCCACAACUAACGACCUGACCCAACACGAGAUACGCGCUUUAGAGGUGAAGCUGGUGAAGUACAUCAGUAAACAGUUGGAGUGGAAGAAGAGUGUUCCAGAGAGAGGUCGACCGCUUGCGCUGGACUCUUUUCCGCACCUCACAGACUGGUUCUACACCAUCAACCUCAGGCCAGAACUCAUAGAGGCAGUGCCAGUGAAGCUGUCUCUGGAUGCUCUGAUGCAAAUGUCCCGUGCCCAAGUGGAGGAGACCAUGAAAAGACUGGGCUCCAACGGUGAGGAGUGUUCCCGCAUCACCACUGCCCUCUCCUGUCUCAAGAGCGCUACUGACACAGGGGGCAAGCUCAAGAAAGAGGGUAUCCCCUGGAUUGCAGAACCCACUCAACAUGACAACGGUACCUCUUCUGACCUGUUGACCUGCCCUAUACGUACAUCCAGACCUUAUAGUCCCAACCUCAUCAGGCGUACCCCUCUUACCCCUUCUGCUGUUCCUGCCCCUCGCUCCUGCGUCUCCGUUUCCGCCCUGCCCACUACAGACUUCCCUACAGUCGUCCACACCCGCUGUGAUGGGCUGAUGGACCCCUUUCCAUCCUCCCCGCAGCUCAACCGCUGCACAUCUGGGCAGCUAUCCAACCCCCCAGCUACACCACCAUCGAAACGGUAUGGCAAGCUUAUGCCCCCCCGGACCCCACCAGCGCCCCCUCGCAAGUUGCUGAACCUCCUGCCCAACAUCACACUCAGCAAGAGCCAGAGCCAACUGGCCAACCGGAUAGAAGACCCCACACCCAAAAAGAGUGGGAAGAAAAAUAAGCCACUUCUGAAUGUGCUGGUAACCGGUGCAGGUAAUGGCUGGGAGGACUCGCCACUGCUGUCUGCACGUUCCCCCUGUAUACUAACAAACAACCUCAUUCAUCUAGAUGACCCUAAGGGGGUAAGAAAUAAUGUUGCAACGCAUGGAAGCUCUCCGCUAAUAAUGAGGAAAGAUAUCGGUCUAGAUGUCACACACAGGUUUUCCACCAAGUCCUGGUUGUCUCAGACAUGCCAGGUGUGCAAGAAGAACAUGAUGUUUGGGGUUAAAUGUAAACACUGCAAAGUAAAGUGCCACAACAAAUGUACCAAAGAGGCCCCUAAGUGCAGAAUUUCAUUUGCACCAUUUCCAAACAAGAUCAGAAGAACAGAGUCAGUUCCGUCAGGUAUCAAUGACAAGGUGGAGCGGCUGGUUGAGUCUCAGCAGUAUGGAACAUUACCAAAGGCAAUAAACAAAAAGGACCACCCUCCAUCACUGAGUCAACUGGAUUCCAGUAGUAACCCCUCCUCCACCACCUCCUCCACCCCCUCUUCACCUGCCCCCUUCAGUCAGAGCAACCCCCCGAGUGCCACCACGCCACCCAACCUCUCCCCUAAGGGUCAUGUUGACAGUCGCUUUCAUUUCCCAGAUGUAUCUAAUUCUACGCAUUCAGAUGGCUGUUACAACACAGGAGAAACAGACCACGUGGAUGGUAACAUCAGCCAGCAGUCAACAGGCCAAAGGGAAGCUGUGGAUGUGGAUUGUGAGGAAGAGCCGCAGGGGGAAGAGGGCGGUCAGGAAAGAUCGGGAGAUGAAAGUGAAGGUGAUGAACUGGAUGACCUGCCCAACAGGGGCUACUGGAAGAACUACAUCGCCCGUAAGGCUAGUCAGACCAGCGUUUACCUCCAGGAGUGGGAUGUGCCUUUCGAGCAGCUGGAGCUCGGAGAGUUGAUCGGUAAAGGCCGAUGGGGGAAGGUGUACAGGGGCCGCUGGCAUGGAGAGGUAGCCGUUCGCAUGUUAGAGAUUGAUGGGAACAACCAGGAGCACCUGAAGCUGUUCAAAAAGGAGGUGAUGAACUACCGGCAAACGCGACAUGAGAAUGUGGUUCUGUUUAUGGGGGCCUGCAUGAACCCACCCCAUCUAGCCAUCAUCACCAGCUUCUGUAAGGGACGAACACUGUACUCGGUUGUCAGAGACUCUAAACUUGAUAUCAACAAGAUAAGACAAAUCGCCCAAGAAAUCGUAAAGGGAAUGGGCUACCUCCAUGCAAAGGGAAUUGUGCACAAGGAUUUGAAAUCCAAGAAUGUGUUCUACGAUUCAAACAAAGUAGUCAUUACAGAUUUUGGCCUGUUUGGGAUGUCUGGAGUGGUGCAAGAGGACAGGCGGGAAAAUGAACUGAAGCUGCCACGAGGAUGGAUCUAUUACCUUGCACCUGAGAUUGUGCAGAAGAUGAGACCAGGAAACCAAGAAGACUGUUUGCCCUUUUCAAAUGCUGCUGAUGUUUAUGCUUUUGGCACCAUCUGGUAUGAACUUCAGGCCAAAGACUGGCCCAUCACCAACCAACCAGGUGAAGCUUUGAUUUGGCUGGUGGGGAGCGGAGAAGGCAUCAGAAGGUUGCUGUCCCAGAAGGGUACUAGCUUGGGCAAGGAGGUUACAGAGAUUCUGACUGCCUGCUGGUCGUUUGGGGUGGAGGACCGGCCUACAUUUACUCUCCUAUCAGACCUACUUGAGAGGCUGCCCAAGCUUAACCGCAGACUCUCGCACCCUGGACACUUCUGGAAAUCUGAGGAUGCAUGGCAUCAUCACUGUCUGCGUGAGCAUUGUAGCCAGGGCCUCCGUUCUCGCUGUCCCUACAUGUACAAAUACAAUGGUGUGUGCAUAGAUGCAGUUGAAAAUAGCUUGGCAGCUUCAUUCAAAGAAAACAACUGAAUCUAGUUUGAUUCAGUUAUUUUGUUCAACAGUUUCUACACUGCAAAAAUAAUUAUUUUUUUAGCUGAGCUUAUGAUAAAGACAGUGUCAUACAGAUCCUUGCAAUGUUCACAUACAUGUUGUUGUUUUGUUUUUUUAGCAUUACCUGGAAAUUGACAAAACUAAUUGUAGUCCAAUAUUUAGUGUCUCUAAGCCUUUUUAACUUGGGUUUAUAUGUACCUAUUGACUCCUACUUUAAUGUUUAGCUAUGUAAUUCUUGCUAAUCUUGAAUCUGUGAGUAAAAAAAAAACAUGCCUUCGACUACUAAGUCUGCACUUUAAUUAUUUUGCAGACUUGGUGGCAUUGUUUCAGAUUUCCAUUUUGUGUGCUGUGCCUCUGUGUCAAUGGAAUGAGCUCUCCCUUGCUGUCUGCUUUAGUCAAAUAGACCAGAACUGAUAUUAGUGCGAUCCACAAAGCAUUGUACCCAACAGUACUUUCACAGGUAUGAACAAAAUGACCCUCCAUUUUCACAUAAGUGAAGUCUACUUUCUAAUCUGGCCACAUUCAAGGUAUUUGUUUAAAAUUUUUGCUCUGAAUCAGGACUGGUACAUGUUCUCUGACCUAGCAAGCCCUACCAAGAGAGAUAAAGAGCCUAAGAGAAGAGAAUAAAAAAAAUGAAAGAUGUUUUUUGACUUAGAAGGACAAUGUUCAGGAACUUGUUUGAUACCUCUCAUUUGAGUUUGUGUUGGUGUGUCUGAGUGCGCAUGUGAGCAAAGUUUUGAGUGAUUUAUUUUGUUAUAAACGAUGAGAGGACAUUUGAUAAAGAUUGCAGUGACUGUUCCCUUUACAACAGACAACUUAAAUUAAUUUUGAAUAGAGAUCUGAUGUUUUAUUUAUUGCUCAACAAAAAAUGUAUAUAUUUGUAUAGAAUUAUGUUUUCUUCAGUAUUUUAAAAAGGUACUUUUCUCCUGUUGUACAGCUCUUUAUAUACAAACUUAAAAUGUACAUUUGUAGAACGAGAUUAUGGUUUUAAUGUUAUGUAUGAAUUCAUACAUGUUUUUGUUCAUACAUGUUUUUGUAAAGCUUGUGGCCACUUGUCUGUAAACACAGUUAUUUUAACUCUGAAAAAGCAAUAAACAUCAAAGAUGUCUUUCUGAGUGAGAUUGGGACUGAGCAAUAUAUAAAAUAAAAUAUUUUCACAUUUUCAAGAUCUACUGUACGUGACGCAGAUGAUGUACAAGGUCAUCCAUUCAUCCCAUAUGUAGCAAGAUUUUGAGAUUAGUUCUGAGGUUAGACUUGUUUGCUAGCGUUAAAGGGGAUAGGCAAGGAAGACCUUUCUCUUUAGUCCAUCACAGCGUGCUUCCUUUCUUUUCUGCAAAAAAGGAAAAGAAAACAUGAAUAAUUAUGUACAUCUUUCCUGUUUAUCUGGUUUGUUUUUACAAUGGGUUUCCUUUGAAAAAUAUAGAUAUGUUUGUUCAUUUGCAUUGAGUGAUACAUACAGUACUGUAGAAUAUCACAUAUUGCACUUAGAAGGCCUACUAUAUUUCCAAAAACAUGUUUUCAAUUAUAGAAAUGCAACAAAUCAAUUUCUCUACUUUCACUUUUACAUCUGAAUGCCACAUGUGCUGCCUGUUUAGUUUCACUUUCAAGUCAAGUCAAUUUUAUUUGUAUAGCGCCUUU